UCAGCCACCUCGAACACAAAAAAAACAGAAUGAAUAAUAACAAAAUGUUUGGAGUUGAAGCCAAUUGCAGGCUCAUAUGGGUUCAAUCUCCCAUUGUUUCCAGACCCAAAAUUUGUUUACUCAAAACGAAAUCAAAUCCCAACUUACACUUGGAUUUGGGUCAAACCCACUAUUCCUCUGCCUUCUUAUCCCCAUUUUCUCUGCAUUUCACUCUUCCCAAAAAGAACACAACUCGGACCCAUUUCACCAUUAGUGCUUCCUCAACUUCAGUUGGAAAUGCAGAAUACACUGAGGAGCCUGCUACCAAAGUGAAAUUUCAGGCAACUUUGAAUUUGCCAGGUUGCUCAAGUUCUUUGUCAUUGCUUGGAACAGGAGUCAGGGAAAAGAUUUUUGCAAUUGUUGGUGUUAAGGUCUAUGCUGCAGGCCUUUAUGUAAACCCUGAUGUUUUUAGUAAAUUGGACUCGUGGAGAGGGCGAUCAGUUGCUGAACUUCAAGAGGAUCCGUCUUUGUUUAGCUCAAUUUUUCAAGCGCCUUUGGAAAAAUCAUUACAGAUUGUUCUUGUUAGAGACAUAGAUGGUAAAACCUUCUGGGAUGCCUUGGAUGGUGCCAUUUCUCCAAGAAUCAAAUCACCAACUCCUGUUGAUGAAUCUGCUCUGCUCACAUUUCGUAGUAUCUUCCAAGGGCGGCCUCUUAAAAAAGGAACUGGCAUAUAUUUGAGUUGGCUAGACCCGUCCAAAAUGCUUGUUUCUGUUUCAACAGACGGGAUUCCAUCUAGUGUGGAUGCUACGGUUGAAUCAGGAAAUGUGAGUAGUUCUCUCUUUGAUGUAUUCUUUGGAGAUGUUCCAGUUUCUCCCUCCCUGAAAGCUUCCGUCGCCAAUGGGAUAGCGAAAAUCCUCAAGUAGUUUCUUUCUCAACAUCUGUGGUGUUGUAUGGGGGCAACAAAAAGCGAUGUGAACAAUGUUUUACUUGUAACGAUGCUAAGAGCACCAGUUGCCAUAGCAGGGUUCUUAGAUGAUUUUGCUACCGUUCAACUUCAACUUUCUUUAUGGUUUGUGUUACUGUGAAUCAGAAAACUUAAACGUAUAAUUUUUGUUAACGUUUGGCAAGAAUUCAGUAAUAAUGAUUUACAUCCUUCUUUUU